AUGGGAAGGGUCAAGGCAGGAAAAAGUCCUAGAACUCAACAGACCAGUGGCAGGAGAACACUAAUUGACAGUGAGGCCCUUUAUGACAUCUGCUUCCACACCCUCAAGCUGACCACACCAACCUACGGUAACCUGAACCAUCUUGUCUUAGCCACUAUGAGUGCUGUCACCAACUGCCUCUGUUUCCCUGGCCAGCUCAAUGCUGACCGCUGCAAGCUGGCAGUCAACAUGGUGCCCUUUCCACACCUCCACUUCAUGCCUGGCUUCACCCCUCCCACCAGUGGAAGCCAGCAGUAUCGGGCUCUCACUGUGCCUGAACUCACCAAGCAGGUCUUCGAUGCUAAGAACAUGAUGGCUGCCUGUGACUCCCGCCGUGGCCGGUACCUCACUGUGGCUGCUGUCUUCCGUGGGUGGAUGUCUAUGAAGGAGGUGGAUGAGCAGAUGCUCAAUGUGCAGAACAAGGAUAGCAGCUUCUUCAUGGAAUUGAUCCCCAACAAUGUCAAGACAGCUGUCUGUGACAUCCCACCUCGUGGUCUCAAGAUGGCUGUCACCUUCAUUGGCAACAGCACAGCCAUCCAGGAGCUCUUCAAGCGCAUCUCAGCGCAGUUCACUGCCAUGUUCCGCCGGAAGGCCUUCCUGCACUGGUACACAGGGGAAGGCAUGGGCGAGAUGGAGUUCACCGAGGCUGAGAGCAACAGGAAUGACCUCGUCUCUGAGUAUCAACAGAACCAGGAUGCCACCUCAAAGGAGGAAGAAGAUUUCGGUGAAGAGGCUGAAGAGGAGGCCUAA